ACGCCGCGAGCGGCCGCGGCAGCCGCACCUGAGUCCCCAGUGCCCGCCAAGCCUCGGCGCCGGAAGCGCGGGUGGAGUGGAUCGGCCCCUGGAGCAGCCUGAGCCCGCGGGGAAGGGGUGGCGGGACGAAACCCACAAAGUGGUGACCACGUGCUGCCUCACGCCGGCAGGGGCGAGGACCUGCCGAGUCGGACCCCUCCACCCACUCGCCCACCCCGCCCGGCCCAGAGCACCCAGCAUCAGCUGUUUCCAUCUUCCCGACUUAACUUUCCUUCAACUCAGCAAGGAGGAACCUGCCGCCCUGCCCGCCCCCUCCCCCAGCGAUCGGCACUUGAACUUCGCAGCUCCGGCCUUCCACCUUGCGCCGCCCCUAGCGCGGGCGAGGAGGGGCUGCGGGGGAUCCCGAUGAACUCUCCAGAAAGAGCGUGAGUGAGGGUCCGGCAGCUGCGCUCCGUCCGGGCGCCAAGGGUCUCCUUUGGGGAACUCCGAGCAGCAGAGCUGGAGAAAGACCGCGGAGGAUGACCGUGCGGCCCCUGGGAACCUCAGUGCAGUAAUGCCAACAUGAUGUUUUACUCAGGUCGAAUGUGGAGCUGUCGUUGGAAGUGGAAGCCAAGUUGUCUUUUGUUCUUACUCACUUUAUACAUUGUCUGUGUUCCUCACUCAGUGUGGGGAUGUGCCAACUGCAGGGUUGUCCUAUCCAACCCUUCUGGGAUCUUUACUUCUCCGUGCUACCCUAACGACUACCCUAACAGCCAGGCUUGCAUGUGGACCCUCCGAGCCCCUACUGGCUACAUCAUUCAGAUAACGUUUAAUGACUUCGACAUUGAAGAAGCUCCCAAUUGCAUUUAUGACUCAUUAUCCCUUGAUAAUGGAGAGAGCCAGACUAAAUUUUGUGGAGCAACUGCUAAAGGCCUAUCGUUUAACUCAAGUGCGAAUGAGAUGCAUGUGUCCUUUUCAAGUGACUUUAGCAUCCAGAAGAAAGGUUUCAAUGCCAGCUACAUCAGAGUUGCUGUGUCCUUAAGGAAUCAAAAGGUCAUUUUACCCCAGAAGCUAGAUGUUUACCAGGUAUCUGUUGCAAAAAGUGUCUCUAUUCCAGAGCUCAGCGCUUUCACACUCUGUUUUGAAGCAACCAAAAUUGGCAAGGAAGACAGUGAAUGGAUGGCUUUCUCCUACUCAAAUGCAUCCUUCCCAAAAUUACUCAGUUUUGGAAAGGCCAAGAAUGGCUACUUUCUAUCUAUUUCUGGCUCAGAGUGCCUACUAAACAGCGUGUUACCUGUAAAGGAUAAAGAAGACAUUUUCACAGAAAGCUUUGAGCAGCUCUGCAUCGUUUGGAAUAAUUCUUUGGGCUCUGUUGGUGUACAUUUCAAAAGAAACUAUGAAGCAGUUCCAUGCGAUUCUACCAUUAGUAAAGUUAUUUCUGGGAAUGGGAAAUUGUUGUUGGGCUCCAAUCAAAAUGAAAUUGCCUCUCUAAAAGGGGACAUUUAUAACUUUCGACUUUGGAAUUUUACCAUGAAUUCCAAAAUCCUCUCCAACCUCAGCUGUAAUGUGAAAGGGAAUGUGGUCGACUGGCAAAAUGACUUUUGGAAUAUCCCAACCCUAGCUCUCAAAGCUGAAAGCAACCUAAGCUGUGGUUCCUACCUGAUCCCACUCCCAGCAGCAGAACUGGCCAACUGCGCCGAUUUGGGGACCCUCUGCCAAGCUACUGUAAGCUCUCCUAGUACUACACCACCCACUGUCACCACUAACCUGCCUGUUACUAACAGAAUCGAUAAACAAAGCAAUGAUGGAAUUAUCUAUAGAAUUUCCAUAGUGAUUCAAAACAUCCUUCGUCAUCCUGAGGUAAAAGUACAGAGCAAGGUGGCAGAAUGGCUCAAUUCAACCUUCCAAAAUUGGAACUACACUGUCUAUGUGGUUAAUAUCAGCUUUCACCUCAACACGGGAGAGGACAAGAUUAAAGUCAAGAGAAGCAUUGUGAAUGAUCAAAGGUUGGUGAUUUGGGCUCUUCUAGUUUACAAUGCUACCAACAAUCUCAAUUUAGAAGGAAAAGUCAUUCAGCAGAAGCUCUUGAAAAGUAAUGAGUCCCUGGAUGACGGCUUGAGGCUAUAUACAGUGAAUGUGAGGCAACUGGCUUCUUGUAUUGCCGAGGAAAAUCCCAAAGGCUAUCGAUGGCCAUCUAUCGUACCGUCUGAAUAUAAGUUUCCUUGUCCAGGGAAGGCGAACCAUUCUGCUUCACGGAUAUGUUAUCGUGACCCUGUCAACACAUCUUUAGCCUACUGGGGGCCUCCUGAUAUCUCCAAUUGUUCAAGGGAAGCAAAUGAAGUUGCCAAUCAGAUUUUAAAUUUAACUGGUGAUGGGCAGACCUUAAAUUCAGCCAAUAUUACCAGCAUUGUAGAACAGGUGAAAAGGAUUGUGAAUAAAGAAGAAAACAUUGAUAUAACUCUUGGCUCAACUUUAAUGAAUAUAUUUUCUAAUAUCUUAACCAGUCCAGACAGUGACUUGCUUGAAUCUUCUUCUGAAGCUUUAAAAACAAUUGAUGAAUUGGCCUUCAAAAUAGACCUAAAUAGCACAUCACGCGUGAAUAUUACAACUCGGAAUUUGGCUCUUGGAGUAUCAUCCCUAUCUCCAGAGACCAGUGAAAUAUUAAAUUUUAGCAUCAGCCUUCCAAGCAAUAAUGAAUCAUAUUUCCAGAUGGAUUUUGAGAGUGGACAAAUGGAUCCAUUGGCUUCUGUAAUUUUGCCUCCAAGCUUACUUAAGAAUUUAAGUCAGGAAUAUUCUGCAUUAGUUAAAAGAGCACAGUUUACUUUCUUCAAUAAAACUGGACUUUUCCAGAAAGGCACCUUAGUGAGUUAUGUGAUGGCAUGCAGUAUUGGAAACAUUACUAUCCAGAAUCUGAAGGAUCCAGUUCGAAUUAAAAUCAAACAUACAAGAAACCAGACAGGGCCUACUCCCAUCUGUGCCUUCUGGGAUCUGAACAAAAAUGAAGGUUCUGGAUUUUGGAAUACAUCAGGAUGUACUUCACACACAGAUUCAGGUGCAAGCGAGACGGUCUGCCUGUGUGACCACCUCACACACUUUGGAGUUCUGAUGGACCUUUCAGGAAGUGCUUCACAGAUGAACGCAAAAAACACUAAAAUUCUCACCUUCAUCACCUAUGUUGGGUGUGGACUAUCUGCUAUUUUUUCAGCAGCAACUCUCCUGACAUAUGUUGCUUUUGAAAAGCUGCGAAGGGAUUAUCCCUCCAAAAUCUUGAUGAACCUGAGUACAGCCCUGCUGUUCCUGAAUCUCCUCUUCCUCUUAGAUGGCUGGAUCACCUCAUUUCAUGUGAACGGACUCUGCACUGCCAUUGCAGCCUUGCUGCAUUUCUUCCUUCUUGCAACCUUUACCUGGAUGGGACUAGAAGCAAUUCACAUGUACAUUGCUCUGGUUAAAGUAUUUAACACCUACAUCCGCCGAUAUAUACUGAAAUUCUGCAUCCUUGGCUGGGGGUUGCCUGCCUUGGUCGUGUCAGUUGUUCUAGCGAGCAGAAAUCAACAUGAUGUCUAUGGAAAAGAAAGUUAUGGAAAAGAACAAGGUGAUGAAUUCUGUUGGAUUAAGGAUCCAGUUGUAUUUUACGUGACCUGUGCUGGGUAUUUUGGAGUCAUGUUUUUCCUGAACGUCGCCAUGUUUGUCGUGGUAAUGGUGCAGAUCUGUGGGCGGAACGGCAAGAGGACCAGCCGGACCCUGCGUGAAGAGGUGUUAAGGAACCUGCGCAGUGUGGUCAGCCUGACGUUUCUGCUGGGCAUGACAUGGGGUUUCGCUUUCUUUGCCUGGGGAGCCUUAUAUGUCCCUUUCAUGUACUUCUUCUCCAUCUUCAAUUCGUUACAAGGCUUAUUUAUAUUUAUCUUCCACUGUGCUAUGAAGGAGAAUGUCCAGAAGCAGUGGAGGCGACAUCUCUGCUAUGGUAGAUUCCGGUUAGCGGACAACUCAGACUGGAGUAAGACAGCUACCAAUAUCAUCAAGAAAAGCUCUGAUAAUCUAGGAAAAUCUUUGUCCUCAAGCUCCAUUGGUUCCAACUCAACCUACCUUACAUCCAAAUCUAAAUCCAGCUCUACUACCUACUUUAAAAGGAAUAGCCACACCGACAAUGCUUCCACUGACAAGUCCUCAUCAAAACCGACCCAUGCUGAUGGAGAGCAAACAUCAAUCAUCCCUGUUCAUCAGGUCAUUGAUAAGGUCAAGGGUUAUUGCAAUGCUCAUUCAGAUAACUUCUAUAAAAACAUUAUCAUGUCAGACACCUUCAGCCACAGCACGAAGUUUUAAUGUCUUUGAUAUAAGAGCGAGGAGUCAGUCUGCAGAAAUGUGAAGAUGUACAAGCAGUGAAAACUGACUAGCAGAUAUAAGUGUGCCGUUACCUAGGUAACUGCAUAUAUAUAUAUAUAUAUAUAUAUAUGGAAUGUAUUUUGGUAAGAAGGCUUUUGUGAAAUUCAAAAUCUGUCUUUUCAGCGUAUUUCUUCCGUUGGGAAGUUUCCACCAUUGCUGAAACUUCAGUACUGACAGCAAAGUGAUUCAGUAGCCA